AGAGAAAAAAAGAAAAACGGAGGAGAAAGCUAGAGCUGAACAGCCUUGACUUUGAGUUGGAGCCUGCUGGGUUUGGAGAUGGACUUGUCAUCAAACUGGAGUGCUCCUCCCUGAUUCCCACAAUUUUUUUCCGUUUCUUUUUUCGUUUUUUAAAAUAUAAAGUUACACCAAGAACAUCUUUCAACAUCAACAUAUUGACGACCAAACCAAAACCAAACCUCCUCUUCUUUCUCCUCCCUGUUUCUUGAAGCAAUUUAGCCCUUUCUCUCUCCCUCCACCCUGUAAACCCCAAAUUUAAAAUUCCUUAGUAAAGGCUCAAAACCCAACUCGAAGGAUAGAUCUAUCAACAACUACCUUAUUCUAAUGACGUCCCAACUAUCUGUAUUAGCUUUCAAUUAAAAGUAAGGUCCUUCAUUGGGUCUCUUCGUCUUUGGGGCUUUUCUUUAGGUUCUUUGAAAUCUUGGAUUCGCUCUGGUGAAAACAUAUAGAGGAGGAGGGUGUGAGAGAGAGAGAGAAUACAAAAGAAAAUGAGAAACUGGAGUUGGGUUUUUGUUCUACUUGUUUGUUCUGCUUCUGUGCUGAGGAUUGGUGCUGUGGAGCUUGGCCGUGGUCAUCAAACCGAGCGAAUUUCAGGUAGUGCUGGUGAUGUCUUGGAAGAUGAUCCAGUGGGAAGGUUGAAAGUUUUUGUUUAUGAGCUUCCUAGCAAAUACAACAAAAAGAUUCUGCAGAAGGACCCCAGAUGCCUUACCCACAUGUUUGCUGCCGAGAUCUUUAUGCAUCGGUUCCUCUUAUCAAGCCCUGUUCGAACGCUCAAUCCUGACGAAGCUGAUUGGUUCUAUACUCCUGUAUACACCACUUGUGACCUGACACCAAAUGGCCUCCCUCUACCCUUCAAAUCUCCACGAAUGAUGAGGAGUGCAAUACAACUUAUUUCUUCUAAUUGGCCUUAUUGGAAUAGGACAGAAGGGGCUGAUCACUUCUUCAUAGUGCCACAUGAUUUUGGGGCAUGCUUUCACUAUCAAGAAGAAAAAGCUAUUGAGAGAGGGAUUCUUCAUUUGCUUCAGCGUGCUACCUUGGUUCAGACUUUUGGACAACGGAAUCAUGUUUGCUUGAAGGAUGGCUCAAUCACAAUUCCCCCUUAUGCUCCUCCACAGAAGAUGCAAGCCCAUUUGAUCCCUCCAAAUACUCCUCGGUCCAUCUUUGUUUACUUCCGAGGUUUGUUUUAUGACGUGGGAAACGACCCAGAAGGUGGUUAUUAUGCAAGAGGGGCACGAGCGUCAGUGUGGGAGAACUUUAAGGACAAUCCACUUUUCGACAUCUCCACAGAGCAUCCAACAACUUACUACGAAGAUAUGCAACGAGCUAUAUUUUGUUUGUGCCCACUUGGUUGGGCUCCAUGGAGUCCAAGAUUGGUUGAAGCGGUGGUAUUUGGGUGCAUCCCUGUUAUAAUAGCCGACGACAUUGUUCUACCAUUUGCUGAUGCUAUCCCAUGGGAAGAAAUCGGGGUGUUUGUGGACGAAAAAGAUGUUCCCAAUCUAGACACCAUUCUCACAUCAAUUCCACCAGAAGUUAUAUUAAGGAAGCAGAGAUUGCUUGGCAACCCUUCAAUGAAACAGGCAAUGUUGUUCCCACAACCAGCUCAGCCAGGGGAUACUUUCCAUCAAAUUUUGAAUGGACUUGCACGUAAGUUGCCGCAUGACGGCCGUGUUUUCUUGAAGCAAGGUGAGAAAAUGUUAAACUGGACAGCAGGCCCCGUGGGGGACCUGAAACCUUGGUAGCUGUUGUGCAUUUGUCCAUUCAUUCUUGCCUACAAAUCUUGCUGCUGUGAUCAAGGUGCCAAAUUUUACACCCAAAAUGUUGUAUUAGAUUAAAAUCUUCAUAUAUAUUUUUUAUUUUUAUUUUUUUGAUGAACAUGGGGGACCGUGUUGUAGUCUGAUUCAGGGGUUGUAGUUUGAUCUCAAGUUCUUGAUAAUUGGUCCAUUAGUUAUUGUAAGAUCCACCUGUACGGGCAUGAAGCAAUUUUUUAAGCAAAAUAAUUACUGUA